UCAAAUAACUUGUUACAUGUAAAAGGAAUUUUUGCUCAUAGCAGUUUAGUACAGUAUAUGCAACCUCAUCUGAGAAGUCGCAAGUACAGGUGUACCGCUGAAGGGUGGUAUGGAUCCUGCCGCGCCUUGCAGUCUGUCGCGCGGGCUCACUGCGAAUCAAUUACCAUAUCACCUACAAAGGUUUGUCGGCCGUGUACCUUGGUCUCAGUCCAGAAGGUAACGGCAAUCUCUGGGUAGUCAAACCACCAGGGACCUUGCAAGGUACAUGAUGUGCAUAUGCUCCAAGGUACUCAUACGCGGUGUAUAAUACGCUGAGCGAAGGACAAUACUCUUUCAGCUCAACAUUCGCCCUUUCUCGCGACUAACAUGUCUUCUUUCGAUGCUCACAAUGUUGAUCUUGACACAGUCAGCCAGGCGGACGUGCUCUGCUAUCUGGCGCUGUCCGAAAACGACUACAACGGCCACCUGGGGGCCCGCAUAUCUUCUAUAUUCGUUAUCUUCAUCACAUCAACCUUUUUCACCUUGUUCCCCGUGAUUGCCAAACGAGCUCCCGGGUUGAAGAUCCCCUACCACGUUUACCUCUUCGCCCGAUACUUUGGCACAGGCGUCAUAGUGGCUACAGCUUUCAUUCACCUGCUGGAUCCCGCAUACAGCAGCAUCGGCCCGAACUCCUGUAUCGGGGUGUCCGGACACUGGGGAGACUACUCCUGGUGUGCCGCUAUAGUCCUUGCCUCCGUCGUGACCAUAUUUCUCCUGGACCUGGGCGCCGAAGUAUAUGUAGAGUACAAAUACGGUGUCCAACGAAACGACGACGCAACAGAAGCCUUCAUCACACACGCUUGCGCGUCGGAUUCAGACAGUACAUCCCAAGCCGUGGAGACGGGCACGCCCACCCGCAAAAACACCGACAUUCACACGGAGGUGGCCUCGGUACGUUCCGAGCGGGCAUUCCGACAAGAAAUUGCAGCUUUUCUGAUUCUCGAAUUCGGUAUCAUAUUCCAUUCCGUCAUAAUUGGUCUGAACCUAGGCGUGACGGGCGAAGAGUUCACGACCCUGUACCCCGUGUUGGUCUUUCAUCAAGCCUUUGAAGGCCUGGGAAUUGGGGCACGUAUGUCAGCACUCCAUUUUGGGUCCCGUCUGUGGUUGCCGUGGGUGCUGUGUCUUUUGUAUGGACUAACGACGCCCAUUUCCAUCGCUGUUGGACUUGGGGUGCGGACGUCGUAUAACCCGGGAUCCAAGACGGCGAUGAUCGUCCAAGGUGUGCUGGAUGCGAUUUCCGCGGGGAUUUUGAUCUAUAGUGGACUGGUGGAAUUAUUGGCGAGGGACUUUUUGUUUGAUCCCGACCGGACAAAGAGAAGAUCGCAUUUGUUUGUCAUGGUGGGAUGCAUGUUGUUGGGAGCGGGGAUCAUGGCAUUACUUGGGAAGUGGGCAUGAGAGAAACAAAAAAAAAGAAAAAAA